GAUCGCCGUCUCAAAGCUCGAGCUCACACAACAACAUCACCAAGAUCACCACGAACCUAAAAUCAGACGCCAACACAAUGUGGCUCUGCAUGUCCAGCGGCGGCGCGGCAGCGGCGGCGGCGGUGCGGGCAGAGGGGCAGCCUGCCUCCACGGCUAUGGUACUGCUGCCAACCGGUGAGCUGCGGGAGUACCCUCGCCCGGCCACAGCAGCAGAGGCGCUCGAGGACGCCGUGGCUGGGGGCGCCGGUUGGUUCCUGUGCGACGCCGACGCGAUGGGGUUCGAGGGGCCCGUGGCUGCCGUGGCCGGGACAGAUGAGCUCCGCCCGGGGCAGAUCUACUUCGUGCUCCCCGCUGAGGCUCGUAAGAACGGGCUACGGCGGGAGGACCUCGCGGCGCUCGCCGUCAGGGCGUCCGCGGCGCUCGUUAGUAAGGCCAGCGUCAACGCCUCCGGCAGCGGCGGGCGGAGGAGGCGCGCCGGCUCUGUUUCGCCGCUCGUGUUCGCCCCGCCGCCGGAAGUGGACGAGACGCUUACGUAUAAGACCGUGCCGGCGCUGGCGGCGAAGAGGCGGCCGGUGGCGCGCGUGAAGAGUGCCGGGAGGAUGCAGUCGCGCUUCGCUCCCGAUCUCACCGCCAUUCCUGAGUGCGAGUGAACCAACACAAUGGCGUCGCCGUCGCGGAUGGAUCGAUACAUCGUAGCGAGAGGAAGAAAAUCCAAAUUUUCCAUGCAGAUGGCUCGAAUAUGGAGGGGCUCCCACGAUUCUGGAAACAGAGCAAAGGAAGGUGUCGCCAGCCGCGGGAUUCUGAUUAGAUGGACUGUGCGUUUGUUUCCUCGUUUGGGAGGUGGCCGAUUGGGAGGUUAAUUAGAGUCUGUAAUUUAUAGGAACAAAAUUUUGGUCCGUUAGUCGAGUUUUUUGUGGUCUCAAAAAAAUGUGAAUAUAAAUUCCCGAGGUCCUGAUUUUGCCAAAA